UCAUUCUCCAACCGGAAAAGCCAACUCAUCAUGAUGUUUCCACUCCAUUUUCAUUACGAAGAUGUAUCACGUCAGGAUCCGUUGCUCAAACCGAAUCACGCCAACGUUAUGGAAGUUCCUGGAUCGUGUGAAAUCAGAUUAGUACCAAAAGCAGCCUCUGAUUUCAGAAUCAAAUAUGGAAAAUUGGCUAUGGAGAUUCCGCGCGGUCAGAGAUUCAUACAGACACAAAGGGGCCCUUAUUUCCAAGCAGGAAAGUCGUUUCGAUCCAAUCCAUUCUUGGGGUCCGAAAAAGACACAGGAUAUGUCAGUGACUUUGCACGACAAAGCGCUCUCCGAGGGCAUGGAAUGUCUCAUUUUUUGGUCAGAAUCUCGACAGUAAUGUCUAUGUUAGAUUCUCCGGUCGAAAUACGGGAAAACCCCAUUCAAUUCUCGAUGGAAACGGAGUUUUGCGAAUUCUCCCCGGAACUGGAAGAUCAUUUCGAGAUCUUCGAGCAUAUUCGAGGGUUCAAUGUGACUAUUGUCACUUCGGCCAACACAAAAGAUGAGACUUUACCACCGUGGAGCGGUUUUUUGCUAAAAGAUGAGGGGGAAACAAAGUAAGAUGUCGGAAAAGCGAAAUAUACGAGAUCACAA